AGCUCCGGGUGGCCGCGGCCGAGCCGGCAGCCGAGCGCGCUGGGUGCGGCCGUCCCGCCGCCGCCGCCGCCGAGCCGGGAGUGCGCCAGCGGCCAUGGUUCCCGCGACCGCGCCGGGCGCCUGAGCCCCGGGACGCGAGCACCGGAGGCGGGCGGCCGGCUGCGCGGGCGCUCCGAGAGGCCGACAGAAGGUGAGCGCUGUGGGCUAUGGGAUGGAUGAGGUGGAGCAGGACCAGCAUGAGGCCCGACUCAAGGAGCUGUUUGACAGUUUUGACACGACGGGCACCGGGUCUCUGGGGCAGGAGGAACUCACUGAGCUUUGCCAUGUGUUGAGCUUGGAGGAGGUGGCCCCCGUGCUGCAACAGACGCUACUUCAGGACCACCUGGGCAGGGUACACUUUGAUCAAUUUAAAGAAGCAUUAAUACUUAUCUUGUCUAGAACUCUAUCAAAUGAGGAACACUUUCAAGAACCAGACUGCUCACUAGAAGCUCAGCCCAAAUAUGUCAGAGGUGGGAAGCGUUAUGGACGAAGGUCCUUGCCCGAGUUUCAAGAAUCGGUGGAGGAGUUUGCAGAGGUGACAGUGAUUGAGCCACUGGAUGAAGAAGCGCGGCCUUCACACAUCCCAGCCAGCGAGCGCAGUGAGCACUGGAAGACGCAACACAGUGAGGAGUAUGAAGCGGAAGGCCAGUUAAGGUUUUGGAACCCGGAUGAUUUGAAUGCCUCGCAGAGUGGGUCUGUCCCUCCCCAAGACUGGAUAGAAGAGAAACUGCAAGAAGUCUGUGAAGAUUUGGGGAUCACCCGUGAUGGUCACCUGAACCGAAAGAAGCUGGUCUCCAUCUGUGAGCAGUAUGGUUUGCAGAAUAUUGAUGGAGAGAUGCUUGAAGAAGUAUUCCAUAAUCUUGAUCCCGAUGGUACAAUGAGUGUAGAAGAUUUUUUCUAUGGUUUGUUUAAAAAUGGAAAAUCCCUUACACCAUCAGCAUCUACUCCGUACAGACAACUGAAGAGACACCUCUCCAUGCAGUCUUUCGAUGAGAGUGGACGACGCACCACCACCCCAUUGGCAAUGACGAGUACCACCGGCUUUCGGGUCUUCUCCUGCCUGGACGAUGGGAUGGGCCAUGCGUCUGUGGAGAGAAUACUUGACACCUGGCAGGAAGAGGGCAUCGAGAACAGCCAGGAGAUCCUGAAGGCCUUGGAUUUCAGCCUUGACGGAAACAUCAACUUGACAGAACUGACGCUGGCUCUUGAAAAUGAACUUUUGGUCACCAAGAAUGGCAUCCACCAGGCGGCUCUGGCCAGCUUUAAGGCUGAGAUCCGGCAUUUGCUGGAACGAGUUGAUCAAGUGGUCAGAGAAAAAGAGAAGCUACGGUCAGAUCUGGACAAGGCUGAGAAGCUCAAGUCCUUAAUGGCCUCAGAGGUGGACGAUCACCAUGCGGCCAUAGAGCGGCGGAAUGAGUACAACCUCAGGAAACUGGACGAAGAGUACAAGGAGCGAAUAGCAGCCUUGAAGAAUGAACUGCGAAAAGAGAGAGAGCAGAUCAUGCAACAGAUGGGCAAGCAGCGGUUAGAACUUGAGCAGGAAAUUGAAAAGGCAAAAACAGAAGAGAACUACAUCCGGGACCGCCUUGCCCUCUCUUUAAAGGAAAACAGUCGUCUGGAAAAUGAGCUUCUGGAAAAUGCAGAGAAGUUGGCAGAGUAUGAGAAUCUGACAAACAAACUGCAGAAAAAUUUGGAAAAUGUGUUAGCAGAAAAGUUUGGUGACCUCGACCCCAGCAGUGCUGAAUUCUUUCUGCAAGAAGAGAGGCUGACACAGAUGAGAAAUGAAUACGAGCAGCAGUGCCGGGUAUUACAAGACCAAGUGGAUGAACUCCAGUCUGAGCUGGAAGAAUAUCGUGCACAAGGCAAAGUAUUCAGGCUUCCUCUGAAGAACUCGCUGUCAGAAGAACUUGAUGUUAACAGCGGCGGCAUUGAGGCUGACCAGGGGCUUGGUUCUGAAGAAUGCAAUCCAUUGAACAUGAGCAUCGAGGCAGAGCUCGUCAUCGAACGGAUGAAAGAACAACAUCACAGGGACUUAUGUUGCCUCAGACUGGAGCUGGAAGAUAAAGUGCGCCAUUACGAAAAGCAGCUGGAUGAAACUGUGGUCACCUGUGAAAAGGAGCGGGAGCACAUGAAGCAAAGGCAUGAGAAUGAAAUACACACCUUGGAAAAACAAAUACGUGACCUUAAAAAUGAAAUUGCAGAACUGCAGGGGCAGGCAGUAGUGCUCCAGGACACACACCACGAGACCACCUGCAGGCUCGAGGAGGAGAAAAAACAGCUGCAGAUGAAGUUGGAGGAAGACAAGACUCACCUGCAGGAGAAGCUGAGGCUAGAACAUGAGAAGGAGCUCAAGGUUAGACUGGCGCAGGCGGAGGAAGGCUUUGAGCGGGAGAGGGAGGGACUCCUUCAAAGUAGCACCUGGACAGAUGAGAAGGUGCGAGACUUGACUCAGGAACUAGAGCGAUUUCACCAGGAGCAGCUGGCAGCCCUGGUGGAGAAGCACUCUCUUGAGAAAGAGGAGUUGAGAAAAGAGCUCUUGGAAAAGCACCAAAGGGAACUUCAAGAGGGAAGGGAAAAAAUGGAAACAGAGUGUAAUAGAAGAACCUCUCAAAUAGAAGCCCAGUUUCAGGCUGACUGUCAGAAAGUCACUGAGAGAUGUGAAAGCGCUCUGCAAAGCCUGGAGGGGCGCUACCGCCAAGAGCUGGAGGACCUUAUGGAACAACAACACGAGGAGAAAUCCCAGUGGGAGUUUGAGAAGGACGAGCUCACCCAGGAGUGUGCAGAAGCCCAGGAGCAGCUUAAAGAGACUCUUCAGAGAGAGAAAGCAACUUCUCUGGUCCUGACCCAGGAAAGAGAGAUGCUAGAGAAAACUUACAAAGAACAUUUGAACAGCAUGGUCGUCGAGAGAGAGCAGCUGCUCCAAGACCUGGAAGAUCUAAGAAAUGUGUCUGAGAGCCAGCAAAGCCUACUGUCUGGCCAGAUACUUGAGCUGAAGAGCAGUCACGAAAGAGAACUGAGGGACCGUGAGCAGGUUCUCUGCCAGGCAGGGGCCUCAGAGCAGCUGGCCAGCCAGCAGCUUGAAAGGCUUGAAAUGGAACGUGUCCAGGAAAGGCAGGAAAUGAUGUCCAAGCUUCUGGCCAUGGAGAGCGUCCACAAAGUGACCUGUGAGAAAGCAGAUCGAGAGAGGGCUGAGAUGAGCACAGAAAUCUCCAGGCUUCAGAAUAUAAUCAAGGAAAUGCAUCAGGUGGCAUCUCCUCUCUCCAGACUUCAGAGUGGCUGCCAGGCAGUGGGAGGGGAGGACAUGGAAGGAAAUGGAGCCAUGUCCCUGCUUCAGCAAGGGGAGCAGCUAUUGGAAGAAAAUGGAGAUGUCCUCUUAAGCCUGCAGAGAGCUCAUGAACGAGCAGUGAAGGAAAAUGUGAAAAUGGCUACAGAAAUUUCUAGAUUGCGACAAAGGCUGCAAAUAUUAGAGCCAGGGUCAGUGAUUUCUUCUUGUUUAGAUGAGCCAACUACUGAGUUUUUUGGGAAUUCUGCAGAACAAACAGAGCUGUUGUUACUGCAAAACCAAAUGAAGCAAGUAAAAGGUGCAACCACAAGGCGCAUCCUAAGUGACCUGCAAGACAGUGAGGUCCAGGACCUGAGAAGUACAGGGACGAGCUCUGCUCAGAGACAAGAGGUCAAAAUAGAGGAGUCAGAGGCUUCGAUAGAGAGUUUUUCUGAGCUUGAAAAUAGUGAGGAGACCAGGACCGAAAGCUGGGACCUGAAGAAUCAGAUUAGUCAGCUCCAGGAGCAACUAAUGAUCUUACGCAAAGACUGCGAUCGAGCUUCUGAAAAGAAACAGGAUCUGCUUUUUGACGUUUCUGUGCUAAAAAAGAAGCUAAAGAUGCUUGAGAGAAUCCCUGAGGCUUCUCCCAAGUAUAAGUUGUUAUAUGAAGAUGCUAGUAGAGAAAACGACUGCCUCCAGGAAGAGCUGAGGAUGAUGGAGACACGCUACGAUGAGGCGCUGGAAAAUAACAAAGAGCUCACCGCAGAAGUUUUCAGGCUGCAGGAUGAGCUAAAGAAAGUGGAAGAAGUGACAGAAACGUUCCUUAGCCUGGAAAAGAGUUACGAUGAGGUCAAAACAGAAAAUGAGGAGCUGAAUGUUCUAGUUUUGAGACUGCAGAGAAAGAUUGAGAAGCUGCAGGAAAGAGCAGCCCAAAAAUGUGACUGCUUCUCCUUGUGGGAAGCUCGUUUAGAUAAUCUGGAAGUCGAACCUCAUGAAAAGAUACUUGAACUCAAUCAGACACUGAAAGAGUGUGUGCCCAAAGUUGUGAGUAUACACCAUAUUAUAGAAGAAUGUAAACAAGAAAAGCAGUACCUUGAGCAGGAGAAUACAGGGCUCUUAGAAAAUGGAAAAGCACAUGAAAUUGCCUGGUUACAUGGAACAAUUCAGACACAUCAAGAAAAGCCAAGAGUACAGAAUCAAGUCAUACUGGAGGAAAACACUACUCUCCUAGGCAUUCAAGAGAAACACUUUCAGCGUCAGGCCACGAUAGCAGAGUUAGAACUGGAGAAAAAAAAGCUACAGGAGCUAACUAGAAAGUUGAGGGAGAGAGUCACUACUUUAGUUAAGCAAAAAGAUAUACCUUCUCAAGGAGAGAAGGAAGAAGAGCUGAAGGCAAUGAUGCAUGACUUGCAAAUCACAUGCAGUGAGAUGCAGCAAAAAGUUGAACUUCUGAGAUAUGAAUCUGAAAAGCUUCAAGAGGAAAAUUCUAUUUUGAGAAAUGAAAUUACUACUUUAAAUGAAGAAGAUAGCAUUUCUAACCUGAAAUUAGGGAAAUUCAAUGGAUCUCAGGAAGAAAUGUGGCAAAAAAUAGAAACUAUAAAACAGGAAAAAGCUGCAGUUGAGAAGAUGGUUGAAAAUUUAAAGAAACAGAUUUCGGAAUUAAAAAUCAAAAACCAACAGUUGGAUUUAGAAAAUACAGAACUUAGCCAAAAGAACUCUCAAAAUCAGGAAGAAUUGCAAGAACUUAAUCAACAUCUGACAGAAAUGCUACACCAGAAGGAAGAAGGGCCAGGAAAUAGUACAUGCAAGGAAUGGGAACAAGAAAAGUCUCAUCUGAAAGAAGAACUGGAACACUGUAAAGUGCAGCUGCACAGAUGUCCUGAUCUCUCUGACUUCCAGCACAAAAUUUCUAGUGUUCUAAGCUACAACGAAAAAUUGCUAAAAGAGAAAGAAGCUCUAAGUGAAGAAUUAAAUAGCUGUGUGGAUAAGUCCUCUGCUUUAGUGUCUUCUCUGGAGGCGGAACUUUCCGAAGUUAAAAUACAGACCCAUAUUGUGGAACAGGAAAACCUCCUUCUCAAAGACGAACUGGAGAAAAUGAAACAAGUUCAGAAUUUAGAAGAUACCCUGCAGAAGGUAAACCUGCAAAUGUCCCAGAUUAAAUCUGACCUACGAGUGACUCAGCAGGAAAAGGAGGCUUUAAAACAAGAAGUGAUGUCUUUACAUAAGAAACUUCAGAAUGCUGGUGACAAGAACUGGGCCCCAGAAAUAGCCACCCAUCCAUCAGGGUUCCAUAGCCAGCAGAAAAGGCUUUCUUGGGACAAGCUGGAUCAUCUGAUGAAUGAAGAACAGCAGCUGCUUUGCAAAGAGAACGAGAGACUCCAAACCGUGGUACAGAACACCAAAGCAGAACUCACACACUCCCGGGAGAAGGUCCGUCAACUGGAAUCCAACCUUCUUCCUAAGCACCAAAAACAUCUAAACUCAUCAGGUACUGUGAAACUCACAGAGCAAGAAAAGUUGAACUUAAAGAGAGAAUGUGAACAGUUUCAGAAGGAACGAUCUCCUACUAAUAGAAAGGUCAAUCAGAUGAAUUCCCUUGAACGAGAAUUAGAAACAAUUCAUUUGGAAAAUGAAGGCCUGAAAAAGAAACAAGUAAAACUGGAUGAACAGCUCAGGGAGAUGCAGCACCUGAGGUCCACUGUGAUGCUUAGCCCAUCCCCUCACGCUUGGGAUCUGCAGCUGCUCCAGCAGCAGGCCUGCCCGUUGGUGCCCAGGGAGCAGUUUCUGCAGCUUCAACACCAGCUGCUGCAGGCAGAAAGGAUAAACCAGCACCUGCAGGAGGAACUUGAAAACAGGACCUCCGAAACCAACACACCACAGGGAAACCAGGAACAACUGGUAACUGUCAUGGAGGAACGAAUGAUCGAAGUUGAACAGAAACUGAAACUGGUGAAAAGGCUUCUUCAGGAGAAAGUGAAUCAGCUGAAGGAACAAGUGAGCCUCUCUGGUCAUCUCUAUCCACCCACCUCACAUUCCAGUUUUAACUCCAAUUUUACACCGCUUUAUUGCCAUUAACUGUUAACUUGUGCUGUCUAAUAAAGGCAAAUUCUAUUAUAAA